AUGAAGGGAUCAACGAGCCCCUUCACAGGAGCGACUCGAGCAGCACAGUCCAUCAACAUUGGACCAAGAGCGCAUAGCAAGGAGCUGCACUUCCUCUAUUUCCCAGCAAUUGAGCACUGCAAUGAUACCAUCAAACAGAUUCGAUCGCCUCUACCAGAACCCGAAUUCAGACCUGGCCUCGUCCGAAUAUUUGCUGCAAAGAGAACAAGUUCAGCAAUAAUCGAGAUUGGAUUUUAUCGUAUAUCUGAUCAAAAAAGGCCCCAGAAGAACUCUUUUGAGAAAUAUCACGAAAUAAGUUUCGGGAUAGGAGGCUUGAGAGCAUUCGACAUUGUCAAGAGUCUUUUGGGACACUCUCUUCGAGGACGUUCAAAUUCAGAGACCAGUGAUGAGUGUCCGACCGUGUUUGUUCACGAAAAGUUCGCAGCGGUCGUAAUGACGAUCGGUCUCGUUCACAUGUGGAUUGAUAACAUGCCUAUGCCAUACGAUUAUUUAACGUCCCUCCUUGAAGGUUCCUGGGAGAGAGCAACGAAGGUCUUUCUAGACAGCCUCAGAUCUCCCACGCCAUAUUGCUGGCUCGACUUUUUCCUGUACGGCAACCAAUUAACGCCAGUUCCAGACCCGCAUGGUCAGUGUGAUGACACCUCAAUGUUGCCUUUGACAGGGAAAAAUGGACGAUCCAGCCGAGACAUGAUGCCGGAAUCUUGCACUCGCACACCGGGCUUGAGGUCUUCUCCAUUGAACGAGACACGCGAGAAGCCAUCCCCCGAUCAAUCACAAGUCAGUUCAAGUGUACAAGCUAGCGGAAUCGUUGAACAUCCAAGCAAUGACUCACAACAAUUAUCAAUGCUUAUACAACCUGCGGAGAGCUCUUCCGAAUCGGACCUCCCCUCAUCACUUUUCGCACACCCGGAUGUGGAAGAGGCUCAGCAUCAUUUACUCUCAGGAGACGCAACAGACGCUCAAACUUGGAAAGCAAAUACACUAGUAUUACCUAUACACAACAAAGUCAUGGUUAAGAAGGAUGCUGACACAUCUGUCGGCCCAAUUAGAAUGAUCGCUUCUAUUGCUGCGAAGCGAAAGGCUGCCAUUGAGCGGAAUUAUGAAUCUAUUUGUCUAUCUGACUUGAGACUCUGGUGGUUUGGAAUGCCAGCUACCGACGCAGAAAUAAGCAAUCCAGAUAUAUGCUGGUGCAAACAAUGCUUUCUAUUUGGACCGUCUGCCGAAGACCGCGUGUGCUUCGGCACUGGCGACGGCUACGUCGAGGCAUGGACUGAUACGCCCGAGCCGAAAACCUUCUCGCUUUCUGCGUCGGCCUGCUCUUGCACCACGCUACCCUUUUUCUCAGAGACCGUGGUCGAAUUCGAUUUCUACAAAUCCGACCCGCGAAAACUAAGAGACAACCCCGAGAAAAGAAAGUAUCUUCUCCAUUGUCGAGACUCCCAUAUAUUCAUCCACAAAGAUAGUAAAUUCAAGCGCAUUGAAGAUAGAAGCGCUCAGCUACAUUCAGAUGUCUUUGGAAAACGUCUCCUCCAACUUCCAUCGUUUGGUCACCAGCGCCGAUCCUCAGCACCAGAGAAUUCUAUCGUUCGAUUGGGAGAACAUUCCCGACCCGCGGAGAAGGCUGACUUUAGUAACCCCGGCAGCUCUAAUUUCACCUUCGCAAGACCAGAAUCUGAUCCGAGCCAGUCUGAUGUAUCAGUUACUCCUAAACCGGCAAUCCUGUCGGACGAAAUAUGCUGGUGCCGCGAUUUCUGCUGGGUUACCAGUAUACCUGGAGCAUCCAGAGAUCAAGCCCGUGACAGUCUUGGACGUCGAUUUGGGACCGAGAUUGGACACCGAGUGUUCUUCGCCAGCGCCGAGGGUAAUGUUGAGGUUUGGACUGACCUAGAGAAGCCGAAGAAUGCUUUCACUGGGGCCGAAAAGACCAUCUGCAAAAUGGCUCCUCGACACAUGUCCACAGUCGUCAAGUAUUUCUCCAAGGCCGACAAACUGACCAAAUCUAUUUCCAAGAGAGUUUACCUUCUCAAUUGCCGAGAACCGCCCAAGUGGCCUCUCUCCUUUGGAGGAAGUCGUGCCUCGGGCGAGAGUGCCACAACAGGUGUGAAAGGAGAUCCAGUCAGAAUAGAUUUUGUUCCCCCCCAAAAAGAGGGUUUUGUGUUUGGGGGAGGAAGCCCAGCGACAGUAAAUGAUACAAAAAAAGAGACAAAACUCAACUCUAUCGAUUCAAACCUUCUUCAUCCCCCGCAGUCUGGCCACCAACGACGGUCCUCGGCACCAGAAGCACUCGAGAGCAAGAUUGAACCAAAAACAGUUUCAGCAGCAAAGAGACAUUACCUAAAAAAUGGAAAAGUAGCCAUCGUGAGGAUCCCUCCAGGGGAUUUGGAACAUCCCUGCAUCUAG